AUGGCGACUGCAAAUUCGGAAUCAUUGUCAAACUCAAAUACGGAGUUUUUCUUAGACGAAGAAGCUGAAAGCGAGCUUACACUUUCCGUCCCACAUUCUAAUCGUGUUGAAUAUUGCAAUAUCUCUGCCAAUAUUACAGCAAGGAGUUUGACAUCGUUUCUCCAAACGCUUUUGCAAGUGUACAAGCCGCCUGCAAAUGAGAACUGUAUUUUAACUUUGGCAGUGGAAGCAGCAUUCAAUGAGAGUAAGUCUGCACUCGUAGAAGAGUUUCUACAGAACAUAUUGUGUUUGUUUGAAGUUUGUUUUAGCCAGGCAGGAGCAGAAAAACACUCUCAGAAAUAUGCAAUAAGCUUAGAAAAGGCAUUUGCUGAAAAACGACGUUCUAGUUUUCACCAUUGUGCAAUUAAAUGGUCAUGGGAGAGAUUAUUUACUAAUACAGCAAGUCAGAGUAGUGAAUAUAAUCAAGCUUCAGAACAGUUGCUGCAGCAAAUUGUUCAGUACUUUUGGUCUUCAAGUAGUAAUAGUUGUAUUACUGUUGAAAGUCCUGAAGAGGAAGGUGAGGAAAGUACUGAAGAUCCUGCAGCUUGUGAUGAGAGUGAUUUCGACAACAUCAAAGAUCAUGCUGGUUGGGUAGUUAAACGAACUAGGGAGACAUUAAUGAAGGGAGAUAAUAAAAUACCGGCAAAGGAAAGUGUCACAGAGUCGACCCUUGUCUAUGGAGAUAAAGCUGGGGCAUUGGAAAUAAUUUCUGCCUUGGGGAAAGAUGUUAAGCAAGCAGAUGGAAAAUUUAGAUUUUUUGUUCAUGAACAUGUUGUUCCUUUUUUUCUGUUUCUUCAUAAUUUGGUUGAAAAACUCAUUAAUCCUAAUAAUGUUGUGCUUCAAAAGGGAAAUAUCCUGAUUGAUUGCCUUGAUAAAAUGGCCAGACAUAAGGAGCUAAGAGAAAAAUGGGAUCACUUAACAUCAAAGUCAGAUGAAACAUCCGUCAUUGUUCUCCAAAGAAUUGCGACAUUCUUUGUUAAAUCGAAACAGCAAAUACUUAGAGAAAAAAGGGGCCUAAAACCAAAUAAAAGUAGUAUGGCAGUUCGGCAACAACUUAGGCAGUCAAAUAAUAAAGCAACUUCAUCUCGCUCCUCCAAGGAAAAGAAUACAGUAAAUGAGGAAGUUAAUAAAUUAAGAUCUGGGGAUUUAACAUCUGUUAGCAUUAAUCAAUUUUUAAACAGUUUAACUGUUCAAUCUCAGUUAAAACAGGAGGAUUUACUUGGGAAACUUAAUGGGAAAGAACUUGCAACGAUAUUAAAAUCAGUGGGAAAGCCAUCCUUUUUGGGAAAGAAAAAAAGCAAGCAAGUUGCAACACUGCUUGAAGUUUUAAAAGCUGGAAACAUAACUGUGAAAGAUAUUGACGCAACUUAA